ACAUACGUACUCCUAUACAAAUGUCAAACAAUCAACUUCAACUAGUGCUUCGUAAAUAUUAUCAAUAACAACUAGAUGAAACCCAAAAAAAGCCUGCUAUUAAAAACAUUAUUUUUUGAAUAAAGAAUGUACUUUAGUCUAAAGAAUAACUAUAUUGUGAUGUUGUAAAGAUAUAUUACAUAGAAUGAAGUCAAUGGAUAUAAAAAACAUAUGCCGACUUUGCCUAGAAUCAAAUAAACAAACGCAUGAUAUUUAUAAUACUUAUUACGCGAAAAAGAAACUUUUAUACUGCGACAUGAUAUCAAGCUGCACUAAACUAAGGCCAAUGAAAAAAGAUGGUCUUCCGCCACUAAUAUGCAAAGAUUGUAGUCGCCAAUUGAAACGAACAUAUGAGUUUAACGAACAGUGUGAAAAUAGUGAGAGAACGUUAAAAUCAUUGUUGCAUACAUCAGUACGUGACAAUUUUUUUGUUGUGACUGAUAACCCUGUCAAAGAGGAAGUAGUUCCAAUUGAAUUCAAAGAGGAAGAUGAAGCCUUUCAGGAAGAUAAUGACGGUUGGGAUGCUGAUGAUGACAAUGUAAUUUUAGAGAAGAUUAAGCUAGAUAAGACAGCAUUGACUGAUUCAUUAAAUAAUGAUAAUAACGCUGAAUCACAAGGCUGGGACUUUAAAACAGACAGCAAAUCUGAAUCAAACACAACAGAAAUAGUUAGUGAUAGUGUAGUUGAAAAGGAAGAACUGAAGAAAAGUAAAUUUACCAAAAAACCAGGUAACACAUAUUGCACGCCUCUAAGGAGGUUAUACUUUAUAAAUUAUAAAAAUACGGGUAGCACUUAAUCUUGAACCUCUAUAAUUUUUAUAACUUUUUUUUUUAUUAUAUGAAGAAACUAUUAACUAAAAAGCAUAUAUUGAAUAUAAAGGC